GAGAGAGGGGCGGGGGAGAUAGAAAGAUCUUUUGGAGUGUCUGUGGGACGGAGGCGUAGGGUCCCUUUCCUCCCUGCCCGCCUUGCCACCGCCCUCCCGCGGGCGUGUCCCCGCCCCUGCCCGCCCCUCCCCGCCGAGGCAAGUGGCGGUGCCGGGGCCCGCGGCCGCAGUCGCCGCCACCAUGACGGACCGCUCCGCGUUCGACACCAAUGUCAUCACCAUGACCCGCUUCGUGAUGGAGGAGGGCAGGCGGGCCAAGGGCACCGGGGAGUUCACGCAGCUCCUCAACUCCCUCUGCACGGCCAUCAAAGCCAUCUCCACCGCCGUCCGCAAAGCGGGCAUUGCCAACCUGUAUGGAAUUGCUGGGUCUACCAAUGUGACUGGAGAUCAAGUAAAAAAGCUGGAUAUUCUUUCCAAUGACCUGGUGAUUAACAUGCUCAAGUCAUCCUUCAGUACAUGCGUUAUCGUGUCUGAAGAAAACAAAGAUGCUGUGAUAGUGGAAACUGAAAAACAGGGUAAAUACAUAGUCUGCAUAGAUCCUCUGGAUGGUUCAUCAAACAUUGACUGUCUUGUUUCCAUUGGGACCAUCUUUGCAAUUUAUAGAAAGGUGUCCCCUGAUGAGCCUUCUGGGAAAGAUGCUUUACAGCCUGGACGCAAUCUCGUGGCAGCUGGUUAUGCGCUCUACGGGAGUGCCACCAUGCUGGUACUGGCCACUUCUGCUGGAGGUGUCAACUGUUUCAUGCUGGAUCCGGCAAUUGGAGAAUUCAUUUUGGUGGAAAGAGAUGUGAAAAUCAAAAAGAAGGGAAAUAUCUACAGUCUCAACGAAGGCUAUGCUAAAUAUUUUGAUCCUGCCAUCACAGAGUAUCUCAAAAAGAAAAAAUACCCUGAGGAUGGCAGCUCACCGUAUGGUGGGAGGUACGUAGGAUCUAUGGUGGCAGAUGUGCAUCGCACACUGGUGUAUGGAGGAAUAUUUAUGUAUCCUGCUAACUCCAAAAGCCCCAAAGGAAAGCUGAGACUGCUCUACGAAUGCAAUCCUAUGGCUUUUGUUAUUGAGAAGGCUGGGGGAAUAGCAACAACUGGUCAUCAAUCAGUACUAGAUAUAGUGCCUGAGGAUAUCCACCAAAGAGUGCCUGUUGUCUUGGGGUCUCCUGAUGAUGUGAAGGAGUACCUUGAGAUAGUUAAGAAGCAUUCAGCUAAGUAGAGAAAGCUUGCUGGAUUCACUGUGCACAGGGGAUAAAAUGUCUCACAGCUGAACCAAAGAAUGCACUGCAAUACUGUGAGAUUGAGCUGUCUGACUUCUCUAGCCAAAGAGCAAAUGAGCCAUAUUUUCAUAAGAUUUUUUUUAAAGUGAAAUCUUGUGCAAGUGCAUUGUGCAAUGAAAGACAUUAAAAGAUUGCAUUAAAGGAAGCAUUAAAAAUUAAAGCAAUGGAAAAAUA